UCUUUAUACCUAGAAACUGGUUGUUCCCCAAAUCGAAACGAAUCCCCUAUCCCACUGUCGUUCCGUUGAAGGCGGCGGCGGCGGCGGCGGCGGCGACGGCGACGGCCGCGACGGCGACGGCCGCGGCCGACAUGAUGAAGAAGCAGAAUGGGGAGGCCAGCGGCUGCACUCUGUACAGAUGUUUCUGCUGCUGGCGUCGUCUCUGCUCUCCCCGGAUCCCGCGCGUCGCCCCCGGCAGGGAUUACGUCUGUAUCCCGGCUGGCGCGGAUGACAGCCCCGAGUGGUCGCUGCUCGUCGGCUUACUCUCCGCAUCCGUCCCUAUGAUCUCCGAAGACAGUGUCCUAGGCCUGUACCGAUUUCGCGUCGCGCGAUCCGGUCGAAUUCUCGGCCGGAGCGACGAUGCCCUCGUCAACCUGUGCACCGUCGAAACCACCAAGGGCUGUAGCGGCAUCGCCAGCGCCACUGCUGCUCUUACCCCCGACGGCCGCUCGCUCUGCCUCUUUUCUGAGCACUUGGAUCCAGGCAAGUACUCGGCGACCCCACGAGCCCAGCAGCUGCGGCUCACCUACAGCAAGCCAAGAGACAAGCGAAAGAACAGGGGUACUGUCACCAUGUCGCAGCUGCCUCGCCUACCGCUGGAUUCUUCCAUGCAUUGCCGCCCCAUCUCGGCUGCCGGCCAUCUCUGGGCUCCAUACGUCUACUUGGAGUAUGUAGGCAAGUGCGUCCUCGGGAUGCAACGCUUCCGCAAGGACGCUGACCGGUGGGAGCAGGCCGGGGACACCUUCCCCUUCCACUACAAGAGCCAAAUGACCAAACUGUGGAAUGGCGACUUCUUGCAGGGAUGCGCCGUUCUCCCCGACGACACCAUCUUGGUGUCGCUGCGACCAGCUCAGGGCGUCUUCUUAACCUUCAAUUGCUCCGAUUGCACCUGGACCGUGGUCACCACCUCAGAGAACACACGGACCGCCUACGUUCCCAUCCUAGGCCAUGGUGUAUACAUAGAAGGAGAUGUUACUAAACAAGAAGGGAAGGAAAAGGAAAGGAAGAAGAAGAAGAUCAUCAUGGAAGUAAAAGGAAAAGGAAAAGAAGGAGAUGUUACUAAACAAGAAGGGAAGGAAAUGGAAAGGAAGAAGAAGAAGAAGAAGAAGAAGAAGAAGAAGAAGAACAUCAUGGAAGUGAAAGGAAAAGGACAAGAUGAAGAAGAAGAAGAAGAAGAAGAAGAAGAAGAAAAGAAAAAGAAAGAAGAAGAAGAAGAUCAUGGCGCUGUUUACUUCGUCCGUGACAAUCACAUCUUUGCCUACAAGCUGCGCUAUUAUCAAGAUCAGGAGGAUAAGCGAAGAAAGCUGAAGCUGGAGCCACCUGCCAGGAUUGAUUCUGUCUGUCCUUUCUACGAAGAAGGUUAUGGUUUCCUUGCGCACCUAGGUGGCCGUGUCAUGUGCUCCGUCUGGAUCAGUGUGGAUCUCUGCUGCCCAUGUGGCUAUCUACAUGUCAUCAUCAGCACCUUCCGAGUUAGAUCAACACGCGCUAAACAGAAAGGCAUUGAUAUCUUGCAUUCCACCUGCCGCCGCUUGCAUGCGUUCCCAGUUCGACUGCCCACUCAUGAAUUCUGCUUUCUACAGGAGUAUGUGGACAAGAAGACCAUACAACCUUCAAUGCAGGGGAACCUGGAUAAUCCAACCAGCUUUGAGGUCAUAGAAGACUCCAAAACCAGCUCUGCCGUCAUAGAAGAGUCCAAAAUGCUUGAUUGUUGCAGCAAUUUUCUAUCUGAAAAGCUUCAGCGAUGUUACAAGUUUGAGGAGCCUCCUGAGGACCCUGCUGUCCAGAUCAACAAAGAGCUGUAUAUUAUUUGCGAAGCUGCAUCUCAGUUAAUUGUGUAUGUGGCUAAAAUCGAGAAUGGAAGGUUGGGAAUUACAAAGAAAGAGAAUGGAAGAUUGGGAUCUCAUGACCAACUUCUCACUCAAAAAUUUGCUCUGACUAUAUCUGAUGAUGGCGGUGGUGAUUAUUUUGUUUUGGAACAACCUCCCCCAUGGCACCUUGUUUUUAGCAGUUGCAGCUCGAAGAUAUAUGCUGUCUCAAACACACACGAUGAUAUACUUUCCAGUUGGGUGAAGGAAUCCAAGUUGGUUCAGUGUACAAAGCCUACCUCUGAUCCUUUCUCUAUGGUUUUUGAAGUUGAUGACAAGAUUGUUGCUCUGAUGGACACUCUUCGUGUUUUCUAUCAUGAUAAAUCCAAAUGGGUGAGUUGCAGGCACCGCACAGAUGAAUCUCUUGUGCUGUACAGGGAGGUUAACCCGACCAGAUAUUCCAGGUGGAGAGAUCGGCCUCUUGUCCUGAACAGGAAGGUUCAAUUUUCUGGAUAUGCAGUACUUGGUGAUGAUUCCUUCAUAGUCUCGGAUGCUGCCACAAGUUCGUUUCUUUUGUUUGAUCUGCAUUCUGAAAGAUGGAGCGUUCUGCACCGUGCUUUGCCUGGAUCUCAACUCUUAAAUGGGAGAUCUGUGUUUGUUGAUGGUUUUAUCUACACAUGUACAAGUGGGGGAAUUCUCGCUUAUGAGCUUGUUGAUAAGCAAGGUAAUCGUAAGGGCCUCAGGGACCCCCCCAUCUUUCUACCGUUCUCGUGGCAGUUGUCAGAGUGUAGGGCUUGGGAGGCUGAAAGGAUGUGCUUUGAUUGUGUCGACAAAGACAAAAUCUCUGACGCGAUUAUAUUUUGUGUGGUGCAAGGUGAAUAUUGUUAUUCGGCCAAUCUUCCAGGCAGCCUUUCUCACAGCCAUGAUGUACACAUUACUACUGUCCAGGUUAAGACUGAAAGAGCAUGCAGGGGUAAAAGAAAACCAGAGAGAAUUGACCAUGUGGAUAUUGGCACCUGUUUCAUUGAGCAUGAUGCAGCACUGGUCUUGACCAAAAGUUGUUUUGCAGUUGGGUCUUGACUUCUGACGCCCCACUAAGCUGCCUUAUGUGUUUCGCUAUGCUAUUUAUAUUAUUCAAAACUCACUACAUCACAAAGCUCAGCUGCACUGCUUGUGGUGUUUCGAAUAUGUGCAUCAUGGAGACGUCUUUCUGGAGCAGAGAGAGGAUCUGGAUUUUAAUUGACAGUCAGUGAAACGAUGCAUCAGAAUUCUCUUAUGUCUUUUGCAAUUCUUGUUUUGCUGUGCUACUUGAAUAGUCAAGUGGUGGUAAAUGUUCGAACGUCUGUUGUGUGCUAUUUGGGUAGUCAAGUGGUGGUUAACGUUAAAACAUCUGAGAGAUGUCAUCGUUUGAGUAAAGCAUAUUAUGUCCUGUUCUAGUAA